AUGGCUCCUAAAGCACCUAAAGAUCCUAAUGCCGCUAAAGUAGGCAAAGCACCUAAAGCACCUAGACAACCUAUAAUACCCCCAGGUCCUUAUGUCCCUGCUCCUCCACUUACAAGACCAGGGCAAAGAUAUUUUGAGUUUGGAGAUUGGUUUAACUGUAAGGGUUACUGGAAGGGGAACCAUGAUUUGAAGAAAUUAAUUGCAACUUUCUUGACUCCUACACAACGGGAUAAGCUUAAUAAUGGUACAUUUCGAUACAUUAUGGCUAUGGAGAAUUUUCAAUGCAGCAUGAAGUUGGUUCAUUGUCUGUGUCUUUCUCGAAUAUUCACCAAUGAUCGAGACUCCAUUAGUUUCAAGAUUUUUGGUCAUGAUGUUUCCUUCACCCUUGAAGACUUUCACAUUAUGUGUGGUUUGCGGAUCACAACACAUAAUGUUGAAAAACCAAUUAAUCGAGAGAGCAAUAUUCUGAAGCGGUAUUUUGGUAAGUCCAAGGGUGUGACUUUGAAGGAUAUUCGAAGUUUUAUGACUCGCAAUGAAAUUCCAAAGAAUGCUGUGAAUCACGUAAACAUAUGCGAGACUGAUGAUGAUGCUGUUAAGCUUAUGGAAAUUCUUGUUGUAGAGUCUAUUUUCUUUGGGAAUAAUACUGAGUCAUCUGUGAUGGAGGAGUAUGCAUCUAUUGUUGAAGAUGAUAAGGUUUGUGCUGAAUAUCCUUGGGGUAAUGUGGCUUAUGAGAAGCUCAUUUAUUCACUGAAACAUGCAUUGGACAAGCAGAACAAAUUACAUACAACUGAGUAUAAAGUUGGUGGAUUUCCAUAUCCGUUAUGUGCUUGGUUCUAUGAGCGCUUCCCAGAUGUUCGGGCGAAGUAUAUAAGAGAGGAUGAGUACCUUGAUACCCCUCAGGUUCCCAGGAUGUUACGUUAUGUAUGUGUGGGAGAGCCUAAAUUUCCCGAACUUUUUCAUAUGUUCAGUACUCAUGAAGGAUAUCGCAACUUUAGGGUAGGUAAUGCGGUUCCUUCAACUGGUGAAUCACCACGUACUCUGAGUCGAUCAAAAGAAGCGAAUCGUGGUCCUGUUAUUGGUGAAUCACCACAGGUUAACGACGGAGGUUCAAAGGCUGAAAGAAGCACGAUCGUGAACGAAGUUUUCGAUAAGUUUAAAAAGGAUGAGCGAUCUGCCAUUGUUGAUGCGGUUUUUGUAAAAGUGAAGGAAUAUUUCGAUGAGAAGUUUGAACAGUUGUUUAAGAUUGUCAACAAAUCAAAUGAAAUGGACGAUGAUAAAGUCGCAGAUAUAAAUGCUACACAUGAGGAAGCGGCUUUUGAAGGCGAUCAACAUGUUCACGAACAAGCUGAAGAGGAACGUUCCAGUGCUGAUAGAUUAAGCAGAGAUGGAAAUGAUGAAGAACAGUUAGCAACUGAGAAUGUUGGAAGCAAGCAAUGUGCAGAUAAUCAAGUUGAAGAAGAUGCUGCUCAUGAUCCAUCGCGUAAAGUCGCAGAUGAUAAUGCUACACGUAAGGAAGCGGCUGGUGAAUGCGAUGAACAUGUUCAACAACAAGGUGCAGAUGAUCAAGUUGUUGGUACUGAAAAACAUGCACCGAGUUGUUCUUUGGAAAGCGAUAUUGGACAGGGCAAUUUGUGUGAUACGCAGGAAAUUGUUACUACAGCGGAAGUUGAAACUAGUUGUGCUUCAAUUGACACAACUCAAAAACACUCUGAUGAUGCUGAAUUGAAUGAAGGUAGAGUUGAGAAAAACCUUCCACAGAAUAUUCCAAUGCUCCUCGACGUUGGUGCACAAUUGAAUGAAGCUGGAAAUGCUGAUAUCGAGAAAGGCAUGCAGCCUGGGGAAACCACAGCGGAAGACAAACGUCAAGAAAUACUUGAGGCAGCUCAAAAAGAAUUUGGUGAGCUUAUGCAACAAUAUCAAAAAGGAAAAAUACAUUUAUUCACAACUGUUGGCUCACAGACAGAUACAGGCAUAUCUAAAGGUAAAGGAAAUGGAUCUGUUAGAAUGCAAACACCAUCUGUGUCUCAACACUUAGACCGGAUCUCAUCUGAUGCAUUGCAACUUCUUCCAAAUCCUAAGAGAAGGAAGAUUUCCAGUUCUCCUAUGUGUGACACCAGUGAUAUCCCCAACUUCAAUUUAUGUUCAUUUUCACUUGGUAGUACACAAGGGACUGAUUCAGAAGGUAAUUCUGCUGUUGUUGUUGUUCGUGAAGAGAUACAAGAACAUCGUGAACAGCAUUGA